GGCGCGGGCAAAACGACCUUGAUCUCGCAGCUUACCGGCAUGAUUCCCUGUACGAGCGGAAACGCCUUCGUGAACGGGUACAGCAUCCGGAACAGCGAGGACAUCACGCAAGUCCGGCAAAGCAUUGCUAUCAAAUGCAAAUAUGUCUGGGUCUGGAAACUUGUAAUGUUGAAUUGGCGAGACUGAAAUACUUUCCAAUGCAGCCAAGCAUGACAAGUUUGCAGAGCACUUCCUCAUGCGCGGUCCGCAUGAGAGACACCAGGGCUUUUGUAUUACAAAAAGGGGCAUCCUCUUGCUAGUAGUCAUGCAAUACAGAUUUUACAGGAGUGUAGGACUAGCAUUACAAGUUCCAUAGUAGUUCCAGACCCAGACAUAUUUGCAAUGCAUAAUCGCCUUAUGCCCGCAAUACAACCCGAUGUGGGAGGUCUACACGCUGCAGCAGCACGUGGAAUUUUUCGCGCGCCUGCGCGGAAUCUCUGAUGCGGACAUUGAGCCGACCAUCGACAAGUACGCGGCGUUGCUCGGCUUGAGCGACAAACUGGACACACUGUGCGCCCAGCUGUCCGGUGGCCAGAAGCGGCGGCUCUGGGUGAUGUGUGCGCUACUAGGGCAUGCGCCGGUGGUAAUUCUGGACGAGCCAACCUCCGGCAUGGACCCCCAGGCGCGGCGGGACUUCUGGGUGCUGCUGAAGAAGAUUGCGAAGGAGGAGGGGCGGUGUAUCCUGUUCUCGACCCAUUACCUCGAGGAGGCCGAUCUCCUCGCGGACCGCAAGGCGAUUCUCGCCGCGGGAAAACUGGCGGCGAUCGGGACCAGCCAGCAGCUGAAGCGCGAGUUUGGCAACGGAUUCUGGAUCCAGGCCGUCGUCGAUAAAGCAAAGUGCCAUGACCGAACUUUGGCGAGGAAGAUUCUAGGCGAAGACCUGAAAAAGGUCGUGGAGAACUGCUUGACUGAGGACCACCUCCAAGUCCAAACGGGUUCUUUGGAGGGUCGACGUGGGGUUGAAGCCGUGAAGCACAGCCUUGGUACACGACCAACCGUCGAGACCAAGAAUCCAAAGGUGUCCGAUUUCUACCUGGCGUACAACAUUUCCUGGGCGCAAAUGCACAAGAUGGGCGACAUUUUGGACCAGUUAAACCAGCACGUGCAACAGUCGCCGCACUUGCGAGAUCUCGGCAUCGAAUUUUCCGUCGAGCAGACCACACUCGAGGAAGUUUUCAGCUUGGCGGGCGAAAAGGCGGAGCUUGAGGUGUUGAAGCUGGAAGCAGCCGCGGAGGAAAAAACAGGAAGUACAUCUUCAGAACAAGUUCACAAAUCUGUGGAGGAGCAGCUUGAAGCGAAGAAGUUACAGAAGAAGAAGGACGAGUUUCUUUCCAAACAGCCCCUGCGGAAGCGAACCUUGGCGUUUUUCCAGCAAGUCGCGGCGAUCUACCGCUUUCGCGUCUGCGGAGAGCUGUGGAAAAAGUUCGGCAGCUAUAUGAGCAUCGGGAUUUUUCUUACCGCGUUUCUCGUGUUAUCCUAUCAGGUGAAACCCGAGGUCGAUAAGGACCUGCCCGGCAUGUGGGUCAGCAUUUUCAGCCUCUGGCUUUCCUCUAUCAUGGUCGCGACGCUCCCCUUCCAGUUGUUCGGAAUGAAUUUGACCCGGAACAUUUACGACAAGGAGAACAAGGAGGGCCUGCUAUCCUGAGUAAAAACGUCCCCACACCAGAGUUGUCAUGCAAAUCUGCAUGGCAAAAGAGUUUGUCAUGCGGAGCGCCAUGAGAGGCAUUUUAUAGUCGUGCUUUGGAAUUUGUGAUGCUACAAUCGGCAUGAUAUACUGGAUCUGUGAUGCUGCUGAGCUACCUAAUCAGGAUUACACUACGAGGAGAAACCUGUCAUGCCAAACGACCAAAGCUGGGCGAUUUGUCUAGCAGAUUCCCCAUCUUGACUCUGGUGUGGGGACGUUUUUACAAAUGAUACCUGCUCCGGCACCUCACCAUGCACGGGAUGAAGCGGAGUGCGUUCCAUUUCGGGUCGUUUCUCUCCUUCUUCACCUUUCCAACGGGCUUCGCCUAUGCAAUACAAAUUUCCCGUACAUGUACAAAAUGCAUCACAAAUUUCGCCAACUUGGAGCAUGCCACUUGUCAUGCUGAAUAGCCUUCAGCGCUAGUUUUGUCAUGCGGAGCCAGCAUUCGUACGUGUACGGGAAAUUUACUGUGAAUAUCGCCUGGGUCCUGUACACGAUCUUUCUGAUGAUGAUCUUCUCCUCCGUCUUCGCAUCCUCGACCGCGAUCGGGACGGUGUUCGUGUUCCUGUUCGCCUUCGUCGUGCCCGUCACGAACAUCCUGCUCCCGAUGUUCCUGGGCCUCACCUGCAGCAACGCCCUGUGGGUGAUCUACAUCGUGGUCAGCUACGCGGUGGCUUUCCUGCCACAGAUGAUCUACGGCAUCGUGCGAGGGACGAGUAACCAGGAGAUGUGGAACCCCACUUUUGAUUGUAGAAUGACGGAAAUGUUUCUCUCCAGCCACGCCCAGGCGUAUGACACCAAAAAGAGCGUAAUACGUAACGGAAUUUUCAUUUUGCAUAAAGUAUUGCAUAUGCAUCAGAAUUCAUUGCACAAAUUUGUAUUUACUCAACAUGCAUGGUAGAGAAAAUUAAAAUUUUAACUUGAUCUUGCUAUGCAUGACUACAAUGCUUCAAAACUGUUUAACGUUAGCGCUUCUUUUUUUGGUUGAUAAGGCGGCUGGCUUGGAUAUGCUGUUCUCGUUCGGCGUGCCUGAUUGGUUCAACGCGAUCUGGUUUGUCCUUGGCCUGUUCUUCCCCCCGGUCGCCGCAUCAAGGGCGUUUACCGCACUGUACAAACUUUGGACGUAUGACAAAGCGCAGGCCGUAAUCCACUUCGCGACCAGUGUCCGCGAGAAUUACGUGCAGCUGCAGGGGAUGGGCCUAACUGCCUCGGAGAUCCAGAGUCUUCUGGGCCGCCGAGCCCAGAGGGGGCUGAUCGAUCCACACCUGAUUAAGAAGCUAUUUCCGUACGUCCAGCCCACGAAUUCCGUCUUCUACUAUCUCUUCGGCGGCCCCGCUUUUGUUGUGGAAGGCGGAGAUGUGACAAGCGACGGCUCUCCGAAAUUAUUUCCUCAAUAUUUGGACAACCCGCAAUGCGGUCGAGCGUACCUGACAAAAACGGCCUGGUUUGAAGUCCUCGCCCCGGUUUGGGCGCUGCUCGUGAUUGUCACCUGUUUCGUGCUCCACCAAACUUGGUGGCUCCGGCGCAAAACCUUCCGCCAGUUCGCGAACAGGGGUCUUGCGGGAGACCAACUGGAAUUGCCGGCGAAGGAGCCAGAAGAAAAGCGGGACAGGGACGUCGUUGCAGAGGAAAAGCGGGCCCGUGGCGGGCAGGGCCACCAGGUCGACGCGGUCGAUGUGCGUGAUGUCUACAAGCAUUUCAACGACGUUGGCACGACAACGCCGAACUGGGCGACCAAGGGCGUCACGCUUGGCGUCCCCGUCGGUGAGUGUUUUGGUUUGCUUGGCCCGAACGGCGCGGGAAAAACCACCCUGUUCAACCUGAUGAGCGGCAACGACGAGAUUGGGGGGCCGGACAGCGGCAGCAUUUUCAUCCAGAAUAAGGACACGAAGACGGACUGCUUUGCCUCCAGUCGAGAGAUCAUGGGGCUGGCGCCGCAGUUCGACAAGCUCUGGCCGCACAUUUCGGGCAGGAUGCACUUACGGCUGUUCGCAAAAUGCUGCGGAACGUACUAUGCUCCGAAAGAGGUCGUGGUCGGUGGUGGGCGUGGGGGAACUAGUGCUAAAAAAGCUCCCGACGGUAGUACAGAAAACUUCGAGGAUCCGGAGGCGCAACGACUGCUCCCCAGCACAAUAAACGCUGGACGAACGCAUAAUGCCUACCCCUUAACCGAUUAUGGAGAGGAGCGGAUUUCCCGUUUUCUUCGUGAGGUUUCGCUCUCUGAAAAAGACGCCGAUCGGAAGGUGGAGGAGUAUUCUGGGGGUAUGAAGCGCAAGUUGUCGGUGGCGUUGACUUUGAUCACCGACCCAGGACUCGUCUAUUUGGACGAAAUGUCGGCAGGGGUGGACAUUGUUGCGCAACGAUCUCUGUGGAACAAAAUUUUGCAUCGCCCGGACGGACAAACCAUCAUCACCACGACGCACUCCAUGGCCGAAGCGGACGCGGUUUCCGACCGGGUGGGCGUCUUGGUUGCCGGCCGCCUGAAGUGUUUGGGGGAAACCUCGCACAUUAAGAAAAUGUACGGAAGCGGGUACCACCUCGAACUGACCGUGGAUCUAGGGAAACAAGAACCGGUGGUUAGUACCGACGCUCGUGCACGACCAGGUGCAACCGCGGCUGGAGCUGCGAUGUGCAACAUUGAAAAUAUUACCGCCGACAAUGUCGAGCAAGUUGUGAUUCAAAGUCUGUCGCAGCACUUGCAGGUGCAAGAGCAUGCUGAUGUGAACACAGCAGGUCUACUUGAGGCAGGUGGAGCUACGGCUGAUACUACAACAACCUCCAUUGCAGCGAAGACUCCCGCAGGAACAGAACGCCAGCAAUCUUAUUUCAAGCUGUUGGAGAAGCUCUCCUUCUCCCCGACCCGUAUCCGCUUGGUCUUGUCCUUUGAGAAGACCGAUAGGAUCAAAAUUUCGGAGGUGUUCCGCUGGGUGGUCAGAGACCAGUUGAACAUUAUCGAAGAUUACGGCCUGGGUGAGCCGACGCUGGAGCAGGUCUUCUUAACGUUCGCGAAGGAGCAGGAAGAGGCGGACGCGGAACGCGAUCUCCAGGAAGCGCUCGGUGGGGGGCAACACUACCUUGCAGGUGGAGCAGUUGCUGCUCCUGGUGGAGGUGCUGGGGUGAUGUACCGCAAUCCUUUCAACAAUCAGGUCACCACGGAGCGCGUGGUGUUCGACCAUGCGGGGAGGCAGCAAUACUACGAUAUUGCCACAAACAUGUGGUAUAACCAGCAGACGCAGCAGUGGGUGCCGGCGGCGUGAACCAAUCAAAUAGUCCUCGUGUAGUCAUGUUGAUCAUGAUUCGCGCGAGCAACGGCUUGCUUUUAGUUUUACGUCAGACAAGUCUCCGAAUUUUGGAAAGCAGUAGGGGAUUGUUGCGAAAGCCUUCGCAGGCAGCAGAACGGAGAAAGCACAAAGAAGAAACACUACACAAGAAGUGAUUUUUUUAUUUCAAAUAUGCACAGCCACAGCCACAGAGUAAGCUGUAUAGUUAGAAUACCUUUUCGCACUCCCGUGUACAGAAAUGGAUAGGAAAGAGCGCACUUAUGGAACCCCAUACAUAAGGUUAACAAGGAGUAUACCUUCAACGUGGCGCAGGAAAGCGAGCGUAGCGUUUUUUUGAUCAACAAAUUGAGUGCAUGCAUUUUGUCAUAAUUCUUUUUAGCUUUCUCUUGUUUAACCUCGUUAGACAUCCCUCCAAGAGGGAUUUCAUUUUCAAAUCUAAUCACCGAACUGCAUCAUAACCAUUGAAAUAGAAGACAUGGAGAAUAAGAUAUAUUUUUCGAAGAGCGCAUUAUACAUACCGUCAAUGGAGUACAACACGGAUCACACCAUGACUGUAAAGUAUUGAUGAAUAUUUUCAUCCGCUGCAUAUGCAUUCCCAUUCUUAUUCUAACUUUUUGUUUUUGGUGUUUGGCGAAGUCGAUAACCAGCCGGAAAUAGGAAUAGGAUGUUUUUACAGAUUAAGAUUAUUUAUUUUUCUCCCGUCAUUUCAUGAGAGCAGGAACAUGAACAGCUAGGAUUUUGGUUCUUGUUUUGGUGACACGAUUCAUUUGCAUGCUUUGUGUGGAGCAGGUUUAGGCCAGUUCAAUGUUUUUUUCUGGCACGGACAUGCGAUUGCUGUGCUGUAGCUGUAGUGAUCAUUCUUGCGGGUGUAUGAUUUCAAUUACUCGAUGAAGGAAGCGAUUUCAUCGGGAAUCGUAAGAGCAAAAACGAAAAGCUCCAUUGACUGUUGCAAGCAAAGUCUACUUACGUUGAUAAGACCCAGCGCAAGUGUCAGCCUCGUUUUUGAUAUCUGCAAAGAGGCGGCCGAGGGCAAGUUUGGAUUUGGAUACGCUACUGCAGCUAGAGUGGCACUUUUUCGCAUUUUCGUCAGCAGAAACAUGAAAUAAAGGUAGAAAGCACCCCACUACAAAAACAUAAGCAUUUUUUGUUGAACAACGUGACCACAGGAUGCGUACUUUCAACAGUAAAAAAAUGACUGCGCGAAACGUAUUGUUAAGGUUUUAUUUCCCUUGCGAAGACGUUGGCGUGACAACUACUGGUAUUGACUACAU